GGUGUUGGUCGGGCCGAGAGUAGGUUGAAGCCCGUGAGCCCAAAACCUAGAAACCCCGGUUCUAAUUGAAACCCUCGAUUUGCUUUGUUCCAAUUUCGAUUGGGGGUGGUGUUUUCAGGAGGAAGAGGAGGAGCUGCGAAAAUUCUUUUCCGAGAAAUGGAGACUGAUAGAGUUGGACAGGAAACUGAGACCGAAGAGCAGAGUCUAGAUAAUGCUACCGAUGAUAAGAAUCCUAAAGAGACAGUAGGAGAGGACGAUCCUGAAAGUGAACAUAAGGAUUCUCCUCCUCCCAUGGUCACUGAAGAAGGUACCAACGAUGAUGAUCCACCAAAGAUUGAUGAUGAGAAGAAUUCUCAAUUAGAAACAACCACGCAUCUAACUCCUUCUCCUGAAGCAGAUACUUGUACCCUUGAGAAGGCCGAUGAUGAUCUAUCAAAGCCUACUGUGGAAGACUCUUUAGAGCAGAGCAUUGCGUCCAACAAAGUAAGUUCGGAUGUCUUGAGAAAUGACAGAGAUUCUGCUAUGGUUGACGAAGAUACUGCAGUUGUCCAUGAAGAAACGACCACAGUACCACUCUCGGAGGACAAAGGAUCGCCACGUCAUCAUGCUAAUGCUGUGACGGAGGAGGAAAAACCUGCAGAAGAAGAUGAUAUGACAUCCUCAGGAGAACAAAACGAGAUUACAGUCACUCCUGAUACCAAACUCUCGGAAGACAAAGGAUCACCGCUUCAUACUGCUGAUACUUUAAUGGAGCAGCAGGAUAGAACUGAAGAAGAACAUGACAUGACAUCCUCAGGAGACCACACCGAGAUUGCACUUUCACCUGAUCCCAAACUCUCCGAGGACAAAGGUUCACCGCUUCAUCAUGCUCAGGACAAAACUGUUGAAGAACAUGACAUGACAUCCUCAGGAGAACAUAAAGAGUUUCCAGUGAUUCCUGAUACCAAACUCUCAGAGGAGGACAAAGGAUCACCGCUCCAUCUUGCUAACACUGUAACGGAGCAGGACAAAACUGCAGAAGAACAUGACAUCAUAUCCUCAGGAGAACAGAAAGAGUUUCUAGUCAAUCCUGACACCAAAGUUCUUGAGGAGAACAAUGACAAGAUAGACGAGGGGGAGGCUAACAAUAUGAACUUGGCUGACGAUGGAAGUAAGCCGGUAGAUCAUGAUCAAGGGCUAGAGGUGCCUGGUUCUGAGACCGUAUCAAACCUGGAGGAUAAUAAGCCAUCCGAGCCUCUAAUAGAACCCCCAGCGAAUUUGGAAAAGGAGCCAGUCAUGCCUGCCACAGAAAAUGACAAACUCUCUGAUAUUUUGGCUCCUGGAGUUUCAGGAGACAGUGACAAAGGGUUGUCUCUCUUGCCCGCUACCCAGACUUCAUCAGACCAUAACGAAGGAGUCGCUACACUUGAGGCUGAACCUAUAGAAGACAUGGAACUUGAUGUACCUGAUUCUAAAUUGGUCACUGAUGCUGGUAUUGACUCUACUAAUAACAACGAUGUGAAUGUUGACGCUCCUAAUGCUGAAAAGAAAGAUUAUUCUAUAGUAUUAGUACCUGAGAGAAGUGAUGCUGAUGAGAAUGCAUCAGUGAGACUUGACCCUGGUCCUCCUUGUGUUGUCUCUUCUGAUACAAAGGGGUUGUUAAGUGGAGGCUUGAAUAAUGGGGUCCAUAAAAUAGGCCAGCCACCAUCUGGUUUAGAUGGGGCCAUGAGCGCAAAUCAGGCAGCACCUGGUUGUGAUGGGACCAUGAGCGCAAAGCGCUCCUUCCUCUUGGAUGACGCGUCGGAUGGCAAUGAAUCUGGAACGGAGGAGGAUCAAUCUGCUUUUAUGAAAGAAUUAUACCAGUUUUUUAGAGAGAGAAGCAUGGACUUUAAACCUCCAAAGUUUUAUGGGGAGGGACUAAACUGCCUUAAGUUGUUUAGAGCUGUAAUUAGAUUGGGCGGUUAUGACAAGGUUACUGGAUGCAAACUAUGGAGGCAAGUAGGAGAGUCUUUCAGGCCCCCAAAGACAUGUACAACAGUGUCAUGGACUUUCAGAGGUUUUUACGAAAAGGCUCUUCUUGAAUAUGAGCGGCAUAAAGUCAUGAUGGGUGAACUACAGAUACCCCUUGCUAUUGAACCAGAACCGAUGAAUAUUGAUAAUCAGGCUUCUGGAUCUGGUAGAGCGAAAAGAGAUUCAGCAGCCCGUGCUAUGCAAGGUUGGAAUUCACAACGUCUUAAUGGAAACGGUGAAGUUAAUGACCCUGCAGUUAAGGAUAAGAAUUUAGUUCUUCAUCAAAAGCGAGAAAAACAGAUGGGAAACACCCCUGGUGUGCUGAAACGCAAGAGGCCUUCGUCUACUGAGCAUGCCAUCCAAGUGUCUAGACCUAUGUUGGAUGUGACAGUUGUUGAUGUUGGACCACCAGCUGACUGGGUGAAGAUUAACGUACAGAGGACGGUAUGUUACUAUCUUGAAAAUCUGAGCAAUCCACCUACCUUGUUUUAUGUAUUAAUUAAUAGUCUCUUCAAAUGUCCACAGGAAGAUUGCUUUGAGGUUUAUGCAUUAGUCCCAGGACUAGUCCGUGAAGAGGUCCGAGUCCAAUCAGAUCCGGCAGGACGGUUGGUAAUAAGUGGCGAACCAGAGAACCCUAUGAAUCCAUGGGGAGCUACUCCUUUCAAAAAGGUGGUUAGUUUGCCGACAAGGAUUGAUCCGCAUCAUACAUCGGCUGUGGUAACCUUAAACGGGCAGUUAUUCGUCCGUGUGCCACUUGAGCAAUCUGAUUAGACACGGUUUACAGUUUUAACAAAGCCUUGGAAGAUUUGAGACGCAGAGAUAAGAAUGGUAGAGAGUCUUUUGUUUGUAUAUUUAUGAUUGAGAACAUGACACAACUUGAGAGAGCCCACUUUAGGAUGCUUUAAUUAGGCCAUCUAGUAGUUCAUGGUCUCUCUUCUCUUUAAUUAGAUCCUUAAAAAUCACCAUAGAUUUGUAGCACACUUUAUUUAAACCUUUUCUACUUUCUUUUCCACA